AUGAGUGAUGAUCAGCUUGCCGCACGCAGUUCCUAUACUCAAGAUCAACCUACAAACCCGACGGGUGAAAUUGAGGGAGCAAUUCGGCUUAGUCAUGUGGUUGAAGAUAACCAUGAGCUCAAUACAGCGAUUAAUUGUUGUUGGCUUGCGGUUCAGGAGACUCCUCGUGAUUAUCCCGACUAUACAGCGCGCCUAGACAGCCUCUGGAAACUGCUGAAUGGUCGAUACGAACAAACCAACAAUGUCGAUGAUCUCAACGCAGCGAUUGAUUGUUGUUGGCUUGCGGUUCAGGAGACUGCCCAUGAUCAUCCCGACUAUGCACCAGUGGAAAUGCUGAGCGAUCUGUACGAACAAACUGGAAAUGUCGAUGAUCUCAACGCAGCGAUUGAUUGUUAUCGGCUUAUGGUCCAGAGGACUGCUCAUGAUCAUCCCGACUAUACACCGUGCCUAGAUAGCCUCUGGAAACUGCCGAAUGAUCGAUACGAACAAACCAACAAUAUCGAUGAUCUCAACGCGGCGAUUGAUCGUUAUCAGUUUGCGGUUCAGAAGACUCCUCGUGGUCAUUCCGAAUAUUUAGCGCGCCUAGAUAUUAUGGCGGGCCUGUUCCACUCGCGAUUCGUAUCUACAGCAUCUUUGCCUGACCUUCAUCGUGCAAUUUCACUCAUUUGUACCGCAAUCCUGGCCACAAAUGAUGACGCUAGUACUAUAGAGCGCUGCUUCGAACUCGGGAGAGAGCUUGAAAUACUAUUUGACACUCAACAAAACAUCACCUAUCUUGACAUGGGGAUUGAGUUCUGUUUCCGAGCGCUCGAGGCCACCACUGAAAACUCCUCUUGUUUUCUAGAUCGCUUGGUCGACCUCGCUCACAAGUUUGGAAUACGAUACGACAAAUUGGCAGAGAUAAAAGAUCUCCAAAUGAAGGUGCUACUACAGCAAGAGCUUCUUAACGCUGUUGGUGAUCAAGAUCAACAUCAAUUACGGGCAGAGUGCCUACUCAACCUCGGCAAUACCCUGAAAUCCCGAUAUAUCGGAGAGCGUCCUGACCUCCAGGAAGCGAUCACCCUAGUUUGCGAUGCAAUUAACGUGGGGGCCAACGAUCCUAACCAUCCUUUGCUUCCAUGA